UUCCGCGGGCGGACAGAGGGGCAGCGGGCAUGGGGGAGCCGCGGGGCGCGGUGGCGGCGAGAGCGGCGGCCAUCGUGCUCGGGGCGGGAGCCUGCUACUGCCUGUGGAGGCUGGCGGCGGGCGGCCGGCAACGACCGCGGCCUGCGGGAGGGGCGGCGCGGGGCCCGCCGCCAGCAGAUAACAGUCCUCCAGUGUCAACCCAUACGAUGGAUGCAGACGCUCUACAGAAACUUAUUUAUUUGCUGCAUGCCACAGAUGAUCCAUUAAUUCAAGAGCAAGCUUUAAUCACUCUCGGCAACAGUGCUGCCUUCUCUGUAAAUCAAGAUAUAAUCCGGAAUUUGGGUGGCCUUUCUGUUAUUGGAGGGAUGCUCUCAGAUUGUGUUCCCAAAGUUAAAGAAAAAGCACUGAAUGCACUUAAUAAUUUGAGUAUGAAUAUUAAAAAUCAGGAAGAGAUACAGGUAUAUAUUACACAAGUGUGUGGGAAUAUUGAGUCGGCUCCCCUGAACUCUGACCUGCAGCUAGCUGGACUCCGACUGUUGACAAAUAUGUCUGUUACCAGCAACUACCACCCUAAAAUGAUAAGCUCAAUUCCAUGCCUGCUUCAUUUGCUUUCAGAAGGAACUGAAAGGACACAGAUUCAGGUUUUGAAAGUACUUGUGAACUUAUCUGCAAACCCAGCCAUGACAAGACAUCUUCUCAGAGGUCAAGUGCCAACAUUGCUGUUACUUCUUGACAACUGUACAAACAGAGAUAUUCUGCUUAGAGCCCUGGUGUUUGCAGCAAACUUGAAAAAGAAUGUGAACAACAGAGAUGGCACAAUGGACCGAUACAGUGAAAGUUCCAUUUUCUUUACACUCUGUGGGGACUCUACUGCAUUUGCUCAGAAACUGGCAUCUUUGUUGCAUCACCCUGAUGCAGAAGUGAAAGAGCAAGUUGUGAGGAUAUUAACACAGUAGUGAUUCCUUUUUUUAAAAAGAACAGACUGACCUGAUGAAAAUAUCUCACCUUAGGAAUGAUGGGCUAAAAACCCCCAAAAAGCAACAAAACACCAAUGCCAGACAUACUAAAUAGUACCAUAUUAUUAGGCACAACUCAUAGAAUAGUUAGGGUUGAUAAGGACCUUAAGAUCAUCAAGUUCCAAGCCCCCUGCCAUGGUCAGGGACACCUCACACUAAACCAUCUCACCCAAGGCUCUGUCCAACCUGGCCUUGAACACCAACAGGGAGAGAGCAUUCACAACUUCCUUGGGCAACCCAUUCCAGUGCCUCACCACCCUAACAGUAAAGAAUUUCUUCCUUUUAUCCAAUCUAAACUUCCCCUGUUUAAGUUUUAACCUCUUACCCCUUGUCCAGUCACUACAGUCCAUAAUGAAAUGUCCCUCCCCAGCAUCCUUACAGGCCCCCUUUAGAUACUGGAAGGCUUCUAGGAAAUCUCAACACAGCUUCUUUUCUCCAGGCUGAACAGCCCAAACUUUCUCACCCUGGCGAAUCAGGUACUACAAAAGAGAAUUCAAUGUAUUUAACAGAGCAUAACAUUUUUUUAAUGAACAAGAUAAAAGCAAUAGCUUAAUACUGAGAAACAACUGGACAGCUGGUACAGGUACACAAGGGGGAGGAACAGUUGAAAACAUGAACUUCCAGAUGUACAGUGAACAUUUGAAAUGGAGAAACUAAUUAAAAUACUCUCAGUAUCAUAAAGAA